AGCCCACCCCAGCCGGCUCGGGGAACUGGGCAGCUGCGAGCGGAUGGGCGCCUCCUCCUCCUCCUCACCCCCGGGGAGCCCGGCAACCAGCCGACCUGCCUGCAGCCCCCUGCAGGAGGGCGGUGCAGAGCCCAGAGCCAGCUGGCAGCCACAUGCAAAACCCGGUCUGGACUCCAAGUCCGGAGCCCAGUGCUGGCUGCCUGGAAAGGCCCUGCAGGAACUGGCUGCCAAGUACCCCCCCGUGAGGCUGAUUCAGCUAGAUGCGGUGAGCUUGGCCAGCGUGAGAGCAGCAGUGAAGGAGGUGGAGUCCCAGCUGAACGGCAGGGGCCUGAACCUGCUCAUUAACAAUGCAGCAGUCAACUCCUAUGCCACGCUGCAGUCAGUGCAGCCGGAGGAGAUGAUCUCCGUGUUCACUACCAAUGUGGUUGGGCCAAUCCAGGUGGCCAAGGAGUUUCUGCCCCUCCUGAAGAGGGCAGCUGAGGAAGCCGGAAAGGAGGAGCUGAGCUGCAGCAAGGCAGCAAUUAUCAACAUGUCCACUAAAGUGGGCUCCAUCGAGCUGUGCUUCAACGUCCUGGAGAUCCCCAUGUACCCGUACCGUGCCAGCAAGGCUGCUCUGAACAUGGUGACGAGGUGCCUGGCAGCAGAGCUCAAAGACGCUGGGAUCUUGUGCACUGCCAUCCAUCCCGGCUGGGUGAAAACCGACAUGGGGACAGAGAAGGCCCCUCUGACCGUGGAGUGCAGCGUGAAGGGCAUCCUGAGCGUGCUGGCAGGCCUUUCGCAGGCAACCACCGGGGUGUUCCUGGACUGGGAAGGGAAGAGCCUGCCCUGGUGAGGGGGCUCCUGGCCAGCAAGCUCCAGCAGGCCCAGUCCCCUGAACAGCUUCCCCGCCAUGUGCCACCUCCCGAGCUAAUGGUCUGUCUUCCCUAGCCACGGGUAACCCCUGGCCCCAGCAUCCCCUGCUCCGCUCUGGUCACGCUCAACCUCUUGGCAAAGCUCUCUCUGCUCCCACCCCAUGACGCGCCACACGUCCUUAUGAAAUUUCUCCUUCUUCCCUGCCUCCGCUGUAGCCGCCAUUCUCCCCCCACCUGCUUGGUACCCAUUUCCUCUUGGAUUAAUUACCCUCAUUAACUGUUUGUAUCAGUGUAGUGCCCCCGAGCCCCAGUCCUGGCCCAGGGCCCAGCUCUGCUGGGUGCUGCACAGUCACCGAACAGAGAGACGCCCCAAAGAGUUUCCAGUCUCUCUGUGAGACAGGAGACAGUGGGUGGGGGGUACAGACAGACCAAUGGGGGGCGUACUAGAAACAAUGACUCGCUAUUGGCCUGCAUGACAGGCCGGGCUCUCAGCUCACCAGCAGCCUGGCCCUUGUCAAGUGCCUGGCGGCAUCGCAGCACCGGAGAGUUUGAAGGGAGGAUUGGAAGGAGGGACCCGUGCAGCUGUUUGCAGGGAGCUCUUCCCAAGCAUGAGGGGCAGCAUGAAGGUGAAAAGUCACUAAGCGGGCUGGGAGGCUGGCAGCACAGGCAGAGCAGAGGGGAACGACGAUAGGGCGGGUGGGGACAGGCCAUGACAGAAGGAGAGCAGUGGAGGGAUGCAAAGAGAGGGGUGAUGGGCUUAGAGCACCGGGCUAGGAAAAG